GUUUUUUUUUCUUGGUAUAAUUAUCAACAAGAGUGGUCGUCGUCGCCGUGUGAAAAACCGUUCCUAAACGGUCCACCCUACCAAGAAAUGGUCGACGUAAGCACGGAAUCCUGCACUAACACGUCUUUAUAUUACUUAAGAGAUGACAACGAGUGGUCAAAUCUCAGUCCUCGCAUGGAAGUCAUCCGUCAUUAACGACAACGAGCCAAGUGGAAGUAGUAGUCGAGUAGCUCCUUUAUCGCUAUUCAACGACGGCAAAGUGAUAGCAUUUCACUCUAGAAUUAAAAUAGUGAAUAGUGAAUUUUUAACUUAUUGAUUUUUUUGAAUGGUUUCGUGCAAUAUUUGAGUCGUCAUAUUUAUUAGUGAAGUAAAACAUAGUGGUUGGACUUGGUCGUUACAUAAGUAAAUAGGAGAUAGUUUUACUUUUGGGACGUUGCUACCUCCAAAAACUUGGAUACUACCUGUUUGAAUUUCAUUCGGCUUCAGCACACAGCUACGUCAACAACAAUCUCGGCGAAGGAGAGGAUCAUCACCCAGACUCGUCUCGUGUCAUUUAUCGCAGUGGUGGUGGUGCUGGUGGAGGUGGGGUUAUCGACAAGAACACAAUUAUAAUGUCACCCCCACUCGCCAACGCGGAGGCGAAGCCGUCCAACACGGUGAUGGAGCCUCCGAGGCGGAUCGCCAUCUCGGUGCAGGGGGCAUGGAAGCAGUACGGGAGCGGGAAGGGGUUAAAGGUCACGCCCGUCCUGCAAGGGCUCAACAUGACCGUUCGAGAGGGAACGAUAUACAGCCUUUUGGGUGCGAGUGGGUGUGGGAAGACGACCCUUCUUGCCUGCAUCGUUGGAAUGAGGCGACUUGAUGGAGGAAAUUGUUUCAUUUUCGGGGCUCGUCCUGGUACCGUGGAGAGUGGAAUUCCUGGAAAACGAGUUGGUUAUAUGCCACAGGAAAUCGCGUUAUACGGAGAAUUUACUAUUCGCGAAGCGAUGGAGUAUUUCGGGCGGAUUUAUGGCAUGUCAAGGGACGAAGUGGAAAAUAAAAUGUCAUUCUUAAUGAAAUUCUUGGACCUUCCCCCAUCCCAUCGACACAUUGUUACUCUGAGCGGCGGACAGCAGAGGAGAGUAUCCUUCGCCGUGGCAUUGCUUCACGAUCCGGAAAUUUUGAUCCUCGAUGAACCAACGGUCGGAGUGGACCCACUUUUGCGACAAAAUAUUUGGAAUCACUUGAGCAGCUUGGUCUCCACUGGACGAACAACAGUCAUUAUCACCACGCAUUAUAUUGAAGAAGCCAAACAAGCCAACCGAAUUGGACUGAUGCGCAGUGGUCGCUUACUUGCAGAGGAUUCCCCCCCAAAUUUGCUCAAAGUACAUCAGUGCCUCUCCCUGGAAGACGUAUUUUUAAAACUGUGCAUGAAGGACAAGUCCAACAACAACAACGCACUCGUCCCCAUGCUCAAUGUGGUGACAAACGUUAACAAAAAUGCCGCCUCCCCCCAACCCCCAAACGAGAUCAACCUCGUGUCCGUCUAUAAUGAGAAGAAUCGCCAAUUUCGUGGCGGUGAAAACAACGAUGGCACCACCACCGUGGUCACAACGACGACUCCGGAGGAAAAUGGAGGCAUCGUUGGCCUCGCGUUUCACCAGUCAAACGAACAAUUGGUGGGUGGGGAUGCCGGUUCGGACGUGUCGAGCAAUCCAGACACGGAUUGUCGUGCGAUCAAAGACGUUUCAGACGAUUGUUCAGACUGCUUAUCUCGCCCUUGGUCGUUCAACUUUCAAAACUCUUUAAAUAGACUAACAGCUCUCACACUUAAGAAUUUUAUUUGUAUGUGGCGAAAUAUCGGAUUUAUGCUAUUUAUUUUUUUACUCCCUGCCAUUCAAGUAAUUUUAUUCUGUCUCGCCAUCGGUCGAGAACCUCGAGACAUAAGGGUCGGUGUAAUUAAUAAUGAAAUGUCUACCCUCGGACUUUGCGAUGCACCGAUGGGUUGUUCUACGGCGAAUUUGAGUUGUCGCUACCUCAAAUUUUUGCCGAAGGAUUCACUACAUUUGACAUUUUACGAGAAUGAGACGGCAGCCAUCAGUGAGAUUGAGAAGGGAAACAUGUGGGGCUACAUUUCCUUCCCGUCCAACUUCUCGGAGGCCAUGAUUGAAAGAGGAAUCUCUGGAAAUCUUGCGGACAACGAGACCCUUCAUGCGUCUCGGAUCAAGAUCAAAAUGGACAUGUCCAAUCAACAAAUUGCGUUCAGUCUUCAGCGAAUUUUCUUGGAAACUUUCCAAUCGUUCUCGAAAAGGUUGUUGUCCGAUUGUGAUUAUGAUCCGGCAUCAGGAGAUCUGCCACUUCAGUUCGAAGAACCCGUGUAUGGACAUGAUCAUCCAAGUUUUAUGGAGUUCUUAGCCCCAGGAAUUGUGUUGAGCAUCAUCUUUUUCAUGUCUGUGGCCUCCACGGGAUCGGCUUUCAUCACUGAGAAGAAGGAAGGUAUGAUGGAUCGAUCGUUGGUGGCUGGGGUUACGACUGGAGAAGUGAUCACUGCACAUAUGAUAACCCACUACGUCGUCAUGGUGGGUCAGACCGCGUUGGUUUUCGUCUUUAUGAUGAUCGUCUUCGAAGUACCGGUUCGAGGACCGCUCGUUUGGGCAAUUGCAAUCACACUUCUUCAAGGAACUUGUGGAAUGGCUUUCGGUUUCCUCAUCUCUGUAAUCUGCACAGAAGAAAGGAACGCCAUUCAAAUGGCUCUGGGCAGUUUUUACCCAAAUCUUCUCCUCUCAGGUGUCGUCUGGCCUAUCGAAAGUAUGCCCAAGAUGCUCCGUGACAUGGCAUAUAUCAUGCCGGAAACACUAGCUUGUGAAAGUAUGCGAUCAAUUUUGUCACGUGGUUGGGGAAUUACGCACCCGGCCGUGUGGCCCGGAUUUGUCGCCUCCAUCGUGUGGAGUAUUAUCUUUUGGAUUCUCGCCGUCCUCACGGCGCGUCUCUACCGGUCCAAGUAAUCAAUGUGGUGGAAUAAUUAUAAGUAAUAAUAGUUAUAAUACAUCGCGUACUUUUUUAAUUUUAUUACAAACAUGCGUCUCUGAAAUUUAAACAAUUUCUUUUUUAUACAAAUGUGAUGUGACAGCUAUAUGUAAGCUAGCUUGUAAAUAACUUUUUUCUUUCUCCGGUGAAAUAAAUACGUAGAAUCGUGAAAAUUGA